AUGAAGACACAGCUCAUGCUUGUCAUCGUGGCAGCAGUCGUGGUGCUGUCGUGCCGUCUUUCUAGCCUCGUCGCUGCCUCCAGCGAAGCAAGCAGUACCAUCAGCAUCCCUGCUGCCGCACGCCCCUUCUCCGCCCUCGCGGCCCGGGCACGCCACACCGCUGAAGACGCGCUAGCCCCUAUCGCGGCCAAGGUUCUUCCCUGCGUCCCACCUCCAGUGCUCGAGCUGGCACCGAUUUUCGCUCAUGGCGCAGCGUCGCUCGUUAUGGUCGGCCGUGGUGUGCGCAAGCCGCCACCGGCAGUCAGCGGCGCGAAGGGCGAUGAGGUGCUGCAGCACACUACGGCGAAGUUCGUCUACGCCGCUGGCGCUAUCGCCGCGGAGCUCGCGCUACUCAAGCUUGUCUACCGUGAGCCUCAUCGCAACCAGCGCAAAAACCGUGUCAACCGCUUCUUCGCCACAGCGGCCGGAUUCUUCCUCCUCGUGGUACUCACCGCUCUUCCGAAUGACCUGAUGGACACUAGUCUCGUGUGCGUCUUCUACUUCAAGCUGUCGAGUCAGGUUUACAUCCCGGCGGUAGUGUGCGGGCAACUGCUGAGCGUCUAUCUGGCAGCCCUCGUACCGGCGCUGCCACCUCUCUCGGCCGCUUACACAGCCCUUCUAGCUUACUGGGCUGACAGCUUCACGGAUGGUCUCUCCGCCGCGCAGGUUCGAGAAGCAUGGGCAGAGCUCAUCUUGGCUCUCGUGGUAAUGGGUGCCUUUGCGUUCUCCGUGUCCGCCCGUCGCGGCGCUGGUGCUGCGCUGCCGUCGUCGCCGCUGGAGCCGGAGAGUGAUGGCGACGACUACUACGCUGAAUAG